GAAAUUGGAAUUAAAGAUUUUAUUUUAAUUAUUAAUAGCAUGGUCAAAGGGAAUAAAGACAAAAUUUUAUCUCCAAACGAAAUAAAUAAUAUAAUUCAAAUUCUUGAACAUAUCGCCAGUAUACGAAAGAGUAAUAGAGGAGAUGGAAACAACCCGAAAGAAUUAGAUGGGCUAUUAGUACCAACUAACAAAAAUACGCUCGCUGACUUACAAGAAAUAUAUUUUGACGAUAUGGAAGAUAGACUUAGUGAAGAAGAGAAAAGAGAACAUAUAAUUGCUCAUCGUCUUGUAAUUCCGUAUAUUGCUAAAGAGUUAGAGAUUCAAACUUUAACUGGAAAACUAUACGGUAAUUAUAAUGGUACAUCAGAUAUAGAUUGGGACACAUAUGAACAGGAUGAAAAAUUGACCACCAGAAUUAAGAAUAUCAUCAAGGAUUAUAAAAUAACUUCAUUGUUUAAAGAGUUUCUUCAAAAUGCGGAUGAUGCCGGAGCCACCCAAUUUUUAGUAGUGGUAGAUGAAAGGAAAACAAAUCGGGAUAAUAAACAAAAAAAAUCUUUAUUGUCAGUAGAAAUGGCGGAUUGGCAAGGACCAGCAAUAUGGAUAUAUAAUGAUGCAGAAUUUUCCCCUAAAGAUUUUCAGGCUUUAAUCAAACUUGGAAUAGGGAGAAAAGCCUGUGAUGAUACUAAAAUUGGAAGAUUUGGGAUUGGAUUUAAUUGUGCUUUUCAUGUUACAGAUCUACCUAGCUUUGUAAGUGGAAGAUACAUUGCAUUCUUAGAUCCAAAUGCAAAUUUUCUUCCAGCGCAAGGAUAUCCUCCUAAAAGGCCGAGGGGUACUCGAAUUGACUUUAUUGAUAAGGAGUUUGGGAAGUUUCGGGAUCAAUGCUAUCCUUAUGAAGCAAUAUUCGAUUUUAUUAAGAAAAGUUUUCCUGAUAAGUAUAAAACAACUGAGAGUUGUAGUUUUUCGAGCGAGUUCAAUGGAACAUUGUUUAGACUUCCACUUAGGAACCAUGAGUCGAAAAAAAGUGAAAUUUCAGAUCAAAUUUUUGAAAUCAAGUAUAUCUUGUCGUUAUUUAACAAUGUCCAGAAUAAUAAAGAAAAGCUCUUUUUAAGGAACAUAGAAUCAUGUAGUCUGUAUCACAUGAAGCAACAAGCUACUCAACUGGUAUGGAAAACGCAAAUCUAUAUAUCAGAUUCAGGUCGCAAAAUUCGUAAAAGUGUUAUCGAUAAGGCACAAAUAUAUCAAAUGGGUAUUGAAAUUAUUAAUAAUAUGGAUCAAUCGAAAUCAUCAGAAAUAUGGCUUUUAUGUACAGGAGGACAUGGUAGGGUUACUAAGGUGAAACUUGAAAAAUUUUCAGAGAGUGAAAAACUCAAACCAAGAGGCGGGGUUGCUUUCUUGCUUGCUCAAUCUGAUAAAAGUUCAUUGAAUGAAUUAAAGGCUGCACCAUUUUCAAAUCUUCCUGAACUUGAAGGCAAAAUUUACUCAUUUUUAUCUUUAUCAAUAAACACCAAUUUGGGAGUUCACUUGAAUGGAAAUUUUUCUUUACCUAGUGCAAGAAGCGCUAUUCUACAGUCUGAAAACGAUUUCUUGAAAGCAGAUAGUGACGAUGCAAAAUGGAAUAAAUAUAUUCUAUAUGACGUUCUAUCUGAUUUGCACAUUAAACUACUUGAGCAUAUUGUAGAGCUUGAUAAAAUCAGACACAAGAAGGAAGGAAUAAAGUUCAUUCCACAUACCACAAAUAGGUUUUGGCCAAUUAAAAAUGACUCAACUAUCGGCUUGUACAAAGACUACGGUUUAAAUGUUAUUAGGAAAUUAGGUAAUGGUAAUCAUAAAAUUUUUUGGACUGAAGCUAAUGGCGGGCAAUUUAUUCCGUUAAAGGAUGCCAAAAUUUUUGAGGAAGAAGAAGCAAUAAUUGCGGAUAUAAUUAAAUUAGGAAUUCCAGCUGUGAAACUUAGUAAGGACAAAAUUGAACACUUAAGUAAGAUCGGUGAAUCUAAAAAUACCCUUAAUUUCCCAUACAAACCUGUUAAUGGAAAAUCUAUUUGCAAAGAAUUACAAAUGAAAAGGUUUUCACUACCUUCUUUUAACACACAUGAUUCAUUGAUCAAUUUACUUAAUUUUAUUUUUCAAGAUAAAGAUUCUUUUAAAGAUCUUAUUGGAUUGCCAUUAGUUCCAUUGAGCAACCAUUCAAUUGGAAAGUUUGGUGAACAAAUUUACUACAUUGGGGAUCAAGAACAAAUAGAAUUGUUCCAAAAGGCUGGUCCAUCUAGAUUUGUUUCCAUUGACUUACAAGAUAGCUUAUUGAAAAUUUUUAAUGCUGAUUUUUCUGAGACUACCAAAAUCAGAAAGUUUGACGCUUAUGGAGUCUUAGAUCUUUUAAAGGAAGAGUUGCCGAUUGUAGAAGAAUUGGAUGAAUCUAUUCCAGUCGAUAGUUGGCUUGAAAAAAUUUGGUCAAUAUUAAUUAAAAGCGCCGAAAAUAUGGAUUUUAACAAACUUACAAUAUCUCCUCUUUUACCAAUUAUUCAACCUUCUAGAAUGCUAGUUAGACUUAAUGUGACAAAUCCACCACUCUACGAUAAUGGACAUAACUUAAUACCAUUAUUAGUAAAGCUAGAAGUGCGUUUCACUAAUAUAUCGUUUCAAAAUGUUCAAAAUGAAAAACUCAAAAAAUGUGUUUUGGCAUGCACUCCUAUUAAUAUCAUUAAUUCUUUGGAGAGGACUUGUACUUCAUUGUAUUUAACAAUGGAGGAUUUAUUCGAGAAUAGUGAUUUAUCGGCUCAUGACUAUGAGGACUUUAGAACAUUUAUUAAAGUAAAUCUUGAAAUUUUGUUAGGACAUUGUCGAAAUCAAGAAAAUUUUAUGAAUAUUCUUUGUUCGUUACCGAUAUGGCCAUUACAUUCUUCCGAAGAUAAAUUCAUUGAUGCCAAAUCUGGAAAACUCCUUCCAUAUAAGCUCCCAUUUUUUUCUUUUGAUAAGAAUACUGAAUUUUACAAAUGUGAUCGUGAAAUGGAUUUCGAAGUACUUCGAAUAUUAGGUGUCACUCCUAUGAGUGAAUUAGAAUAUAUUAAAAAAAAUAUAAUACCGAAAUUUAAAGAUUUUCAAACACCAUCUCAGAAAUAUAUCGAUUUCUUGCAGAGUAUUUUAUCGGGUAAUCAAGAAAUUGAAAAACAUCUUAAGAAAUAUCCAGCAAUACCUAAUGGAUCACUUACUGAAUUUGUAAAAGCUGAUGCUUUAUAUGAUAUUACCGUUCCAUUAUUUAGUUAUGUUUUUAAAGAUGACGACAAAUUUUUACCUAGAAUAUUUUAUAGUAAUAAGGUUUUAAUGGCAGCUUUAAAAAGAAUGGGUCUUAAGUACCAAGUGAAUUGUGAAACAUUUAUUGAAUGUGCACAAGAGAUUGAACAACAAUCUGAUAUUCAAUCUGAUAGGUUUUCGAUGGAAGAAGUCAAAAUGAUGAUAAAUCAUUUAUAUAAUAAAUCUAUUUCAAAUCUAAAAUUCUUGGAUGACCAGUGGAAAAAACUUAUAAAUAUCAAAUUCGUUCCAUCGAAAAUUAUUCAAAAUCCACUUUGUGAGGAAUCGAAAGAAACCCUGAAAUUUGGAAGUUUCUCGGUGCUUUGUUUUCAAAAGUAUAAGGAUGUAUGUUGGACCAAAAGGCAUUUUUUUGAAAAAAAUGUUGAACCUACUGAUUCAUUUUGUAAACGUGAUCCUAGGAUCGGAAUACCGUCGCCAAAAGAUAUUAUAGAACACUGGUCUUUCGUUGUUAAAAAUAUUGAAUCAAUAUUUGGGCAAGAUCGCAGUGAAGCUAAAAGAGUGAUCGAAGAAAUUUAUAAAAUAAUGAACAAAAAUGUAGAAGAGUCUGAGGAGUUGGAAAUUGAUAACAAAGAGGAAUUAUUCUUAAAUGGGGAUGACCCACUUGAUGAAAAAUGUUGGGUAACAGGGAGUAAACUUGCGUUUGGAAUACAAGAAAAUACUGAAGCUAGAGAUAAAGUUGUUGAUUUUUUAGCGCCUUAUAAGACUUUAUUAUUACGUGCUGGAGCUAUGGAGGUAGAUGAUAACUAUAUAAAUGAGUACAAACGAAGUGAAAAACUUUCUCAAAAAGACAAGCUGUUUAAAAAUUUAUUAAAAUUUAUAAAUCAUGAAAAUAAACAUCAUGAUGUUACUUUUAUUGUUGGUAAAGAAGAAAUAAGUGCUAACAGAUAUGUACUUUCUGCUGCUUCAACCCAUUUUGAAAUGGUAUUUUGUGACUUAAAUAAGACGGAAAUCAAGGUUGAAAAAGAAAAGCCACAUACAAUUAGGGUAUUUCUUCGAUGGUUAUACGGGGAAGAAGCAGCCAUAAAUGAAGAAAACUUUGAAGAAGGAAAGGAAUAUUAUACGGAUUAUUUGACGUUUCUAGUUGACUUAUUAAAAGUAGCUGACAAUUAUGAUGUUGAAUUACUCAAAAAUGAAGUGGAAGAUGUCAUUAUAAGUGAUCGACGUAUUAGUGUUCAUAAUGUAAAUAAAAUUCUGAAUUGUUUAAAGGAAUGCAAGGCACCUGCAUUGAAAUUAAAAGAAUGCUGUGAAAAGUUUAAAGAAGAUAAUAGCGAACUUUGCAGAUAAUGAAGGCAUUAGGAUAGUACUUUCAGACAUGACAUUAUGAUAAGGUUUAAGCAUAUGGACAAAACUGAAGAUUCAACUAACGCUGUUAUUUAUAUUAUCAAAUUAUAAACGUGGGAUCAAUUUUUUUUACACGACUUUAAUAUCAAUGAAAGAAAUGAAGUACAAAUAAUGCACGGUUCAGCUAAUUUGGAUUGAGCAAAUAUUAUGCUUUUAGAACUGAUUUUAUUCAUAUUUUUAAAUCUAUCUUAUUAUUGUGUUUUUUUAUGUAACCAGCAUUUAAUUUAUUAAAUUUUAUAUUUUUACAAUAACUAAAAUUUAAUUUUUCAUCGUACCUUAUUUGUGUAAGUUUUAUCCAGAACUACAAUAAUUAAUUCUUCGUUCAAACAGUUUCUUUUAAACGAGUUCAUAACGUUUAGGCGGAAAUAAAACAAUACGG